CCCAGAAGCCAUUGCGCGCAUUUGUAACGAAUUUCCGUUCGAGUUUGGAUUUUAGGCGCCAUUUUCGAGUGAAGGACCCGGAGCGGAGACGCCGGUCGGAGCGAGGCCGGGGUGGGGGGGACGGCCGUCGCCCGGUUGGCAGCCCUUGCGCGGAGCGGGACCUGCCGACAGCCACCAUGCGGCGUAAGGGCACCAAGCCCUCCUCGGUCUGCCACCAGGAGGAAGGGCCGCCGCCCUCCCCAGACGGCGCCCACAGCAAUGGGGACCCCGAGCAGCCGGACGGCGGAGCGGACAGCGCUGCAGCUGCAGAGACUCCAGGUGAGGAACUUGAUAACAGGAGUUUAGAAGAGAUUUUGAAUAGCAUUCCUCCACCCCCGCCUCCAGCAAUGGCCAGUGAAGCUGGAGCUCCUCGGCUAAUGAUCACUCAUAUUGUAAACCAAAACUUCAAGUCCUAUGCUGGAGAGAAAAUUCUGGGUCCUUUCCAUAAGCGCUUUUCCUGUAUUAUUGGUCCAAAUGGCAGUGGAAAAUCCAAUGUUAUUGAUUCUAUGCUUUUUGUGUUUGGCUAUCGAGCACAAAAAAUAAGGUCUAAAAAGCUGUCAGUAUUGAUACAUAAUUCUGAUGAACAUAAGGAUAUUCAGAGUUGUACUGUAGAAGUUCAUUUUCAAAAGAUAAUUGAUAAGGAAGGGGAUGACUAUGAAGUCAUUCCUAACAGUAACUUCUGUGUAUCUAGAACAGCCUACAGAGAUAACACUUCUGUUUAUCAUAUAAGUGGGAAAAAGAGAACAUUUAAAGAUGUUGGAAAUCUUCUUAGAAGCCAUGGAAUUGACUUGGACCAUAAUCGAUUUUUAAUCUUGCAGGGUGAAGUCGAACAGAUUGCUAUGAUGAAACCAAAAGGCCAGACUGAACAUGAUGAGGGUAUGCUUGAGUAUUUAGAAGAUAUAAUUGGCUGUGGACGGCUAAAUGAACCUAUUAAAGUCUUAUGUCGGAGAGUUGAAAUAUUAAAUGAAAACAGAGGAGAAAAGUUAAACAGAGUUAAAAUGGUGGAAAAGGAAAAGGACGCCCUAGAAGGGGAGAAAAACAUAGCCAUUGAGUUCCUUACCCUGGAAAAUGAAAUCUUUAAAAAAAAGAAUCAUAUCUGUCAAUAUUACAUUUAUGAUCUGCAAAAAAGAAUUGCUGAAAUGAAAACCCAAAAGGAAAAAAUUCAUGAAGAUACUAAGGAAAUUACUGAGAGGAGCAAUAUGCUUUCAAAUGAAAUGAAAGCUAAGAAUUCAGCUGUAAAGGAUAUAGAAAAGAAACUCAAUAAAGUUACAAAAUUUAUUGAAGAAAAUAAAGAAAAAUUUACACAGCUAGAUUUAGAAGAUGUUCAAAUUAGGGAAAAAUUAAAACAUGCUACAAGUAAAGCCAAAAAGCUGGAGAAACAACUUCAAAAAGAUAAAGAAAAGGUCGAAGAGCUGAAAGGUAUACCUGCCAAGAGUAAGAGUAUCAUAAGUGAGACAACAACUAAAAGCAGUUCUCUUGAGAAAGAACGGGAGAAAGAAGAAAAAAAAUUAAAAGAAGUUAUGGACAGCCUUAAACAAGAAACACAAGGGCUUCAGAAAGAAAAGGAGAGUCAAGAAAAGGAACUUAUGGGUUUUAACAAAUCAGUAAAUGAAGCACGUUCAAAGAUGGAAGUCGCUCAGUCAGAACUCGAUAUCUAUCUCAGUCGGCAUAAUACAGCAGUGUCUCAGCUAAGUAGCAAGGAAGCUCUAAUUACAGCUUCUGAGACUCUCAAAGAAAGGAAAGCUGCAAUUGGAGAUAUAAACACAAAGCUCCCUCAGACUCAACGAGAAUUAAAGGAGAAAGAAAAAGAACUUCAGAAACUAACACAAGAAGAAAUAAACUUGAAAAGUUUGGUUCAUGAUCUUUUCCAAAAAGUUGAAGAAGCAAAGAGUUCCUUAGCAACAAAUCGAAGUAGAGGGAAAGUACUUGAUGCAAUAAUUCAGGAAAAAAAAUCCGGCAGGAUCCCAGGAAUAUAUGGAAGACUGGGAGACUUGGGAGCUAUUGAUGAAAAAUAUGACAUUGCUAUUUCAUCCUGUUGCCAUGCACUAGACUACAUUGUUGUUGAUUCUAUUGAUACAGCCCAAGAAUGUGUAAACUUCCUUAAACGACAUAAUAUUGGUGUCGCCACUUUUAUAGGUUUGGAUAAGAUGGCAGUAUGGGCCAAAAAAAUGACCAAAAUUCAAACUCCUGAAAACACUCCUCGGUUAUUUGAUUUAGUGAAAGUAAACAAUGAGGAAAUUCGCCAAGCUUUUUACUUUGCUUUACGAGAUACCUUAGUGGCUGACAACUUGGAUCAAGCUACCAGAGUAGCAUAUCAAAAAGACAGACGGUGGAGAGUAGUGACUCUGCAGGGCCAGAUCAUAGAGCAGUCAGGUACAAUGACUGGCGGUGGAAGCAAAGUAAUGAGAGGAAGAAUGGGUUCGUCGGUUAUCGUGGAAAUCUCUGAGGAAGAGGUAAAUAAGAUGGAAUCCCAGUUGGAAAGACAUUCUAAACAAGCAAUGCAAAUCCAAGAACAGAAAGUACAACAUGAAGAAGCAGUCGUUAAGUUAAGACAUAGUGAACGAGAAAUGAGAAAUACACUAGAAAAGUUCACUGCAAGCAUCCAGGGUCUGUCAGAGCAAGAAGAGUAUUUGACUGUACAAAUUAAAGAACUGGAAACUAAUGUGCUUACUACAGCCCCUGAUAAAAAGAAACAGAAAUUGCUAGAAGAAAAUGUCAGUGCUUUUAAAAAAGAAUAUGACGCUGUGGCUGAGAAAGCUGGUAAAGUAGAAGCUGAGGUUAAGCGAUUGCACGAUACCAUCAUAGAAAUCAACAACCGAAAACUCAAGGCCCAGCAAGCCAAACUUGAUAUGAUAAAUAAGCAGCUGGAUGAAUGUGCUUCUGCUAUUACUAAAGCCCAGGUAGCAAUCAAGACUGCUGACAGAAAUCUUAAAAAGGCACAAGAUUCUGUCUUCCGCACAGAGAAAGAAAUAAAAGACACUGAGAAAGAAACAAAUGAUUUAAAAGCAGAAUUAAAAAAUAUUGAAGAUAAAGCAGAAGAAGUCAUCAAAAAUACAAAUGCCGCAGAGGAGUCAUUACCAGAAAUCCAGAAAGAACAUCGUAAUCUACUUCAGGAACUAAAAGUCAUUCAAGAAAAUGAACAUGCUCUUCAGAAAGAUGCACUUAGUAUUAAGUUGAAACUUGAGCAGAUAGAUGGCCACAUUGCUGAACAUAAUUCUAAAAUAAAAUACUGGCAAAAAGAGAUUUCAAAAAUAAAAUUGCAUCCUGUAGAAGAUAAUCCUGUUGAGACAGUGUCAGUUCUAAGCCCAGAGGAUCUUGAGGCAAUCAAGGAUCCAGGUUCUAUAACAAAUCAGAUUGCACUUUUGGAAACUCAAUGUCAUGAAAUGAAACCAAAUCUUGGUGCCAUUGCAGAGUAUAAAAAAAAGGAAGAAUUAUAUUUGCAAAGAGUAGCAGAGUUGGACAAAAUUACUUCUGAAAGAGAUAAUUUUAGACAAGCAUAUGAAGAUCUUCGAAAACAAAGACUGAAUGAAUUUAUGGCAGGUUUUUAUGUAAUAACAAAUAAAUUAAAGGAAAACUACCAGAUGCUUACUUUGGGAGGGGAUGCUGAACUAGAGCUUGUGGAUAGUUUGGAUCCCUUUUCAGAAGGAAUCAUGUUCAGUGUUCGACCACCUAAGAAAAGUUGGAAGAAGAUCUUUAACCUUUCAGGAGGAGAGAAAACCCUUAGUUCAUUGGCCUUAGUGUUUGCUCUUCACCAUUACAAACCCACUCCCCUCUACUUCAUGGAUGAGAUCGAUGCAGCCCUGGAUUUUAAAAAUGUGUCCAUUGUUGCAUUUUACAUAUACGAACAAACAAAAAAUGCCCAGUUCAUAAUAAUUUCUCUUCGGAAUAAUAUGUUUGAAAUUUCCGAUAGACUUAUUGGAAUUUAUAAAACAUACAAUAUUACAAAAAGUGUUGCUGUGAACCCAAAAGAAAUUGCAUCUAAAGGACUUGGCUGAACUUGUAUAUAUUGAAGAUUCUUCACAUUUACCUAGAUUAAGUAUUUCUAGGUUUCUAUCUGUAAAGAAUUGUAUAAAGUGCGUUUUCCUAAGUUGUGUGAUAAGUGGUUUCUGUUUUAUUAGUGAUGUCUAAAAAAUUGUAUUCAGUUCUGUAUCAUAAAAAUGAGUCUAGCUGGU